AUGGAGCAGAGGAAUGGUGCACAAGUUCUAAAGAGAGGCAAUACCAUCAUGCUCUUCAUCUUCAUCUCUCAUUUGGGCUUGGCUUCUGCCAACCAGCUGAGAACCUACAUUGUUCUUGUAAGGAAGCCAGAGGCAGGGACCUUAAACUCUCAAGAGAGAGAGAGUUGGUAUGGAUCCUUCUUGCCAGACACUCCAGCAACAAGCUCCUCCUCCUCUGAACCAAGAAUGGUUUAUGCUUACAGUGAACUCAUUCAUGGCUUUGCAGCCAGGCUCACAUCAGAAGAAGUUGAGUCCAUGAAGGCCAAAGAUGGCUUCCUCCAUGCCUACCCUGACAAGCUUCUUCGCCUCCAGACCACCCGAACCCCGGAAUUCUUAGGCCUCAGCCCUAACCUGGGUCUCUGGCGCCAUUCUGGGUUCGGAAAUGGCAUCAUUGUUGGCCUUCUUGACACUGGCAUUUGGCCGGAGCACCCAUCGCUGAGUGACUCCGGCAUGCCGCUGCCACCCAAGAAAUGGAAAGGCAAGUGUGUGGAUGCUGGCAAAGACUUCAACUCAUCACUCUGUAACAACAAGCUCAUCGGCGCCUAUGUCUAUAACCGAGGUUCCAAGGCCAUGCUGAUGGAUGCGAGGGAGGAGUGGGAUGAAAUCGACACUCCAAGGGACGACUAUGGGCACGGAACGCACACAGCAACCACGGCUGCCGGUGCGUUCGUGCCGCACGCUGACAUAUAUGGCUUUGCCAAGGGUACUGCCCGAGGAAUGGCCCCGCAUGCGCACCUGGCGGUUUACAAGGUGUGCGUAAUAGGAAACUGCAUGGACUCAGACAUCCUAGCGGGGCUUGACCAGGCGGUCCAGGACGGUGUUGAUGUGGUGUCGAUCUCUUUAGGCGGCGACUCGAGGCCAUUUUACGAGGACGCCAUUGCAAUCGGUGCUUUUAGUGCGAUUCAGAAGGGUGUCUUUGUGAGCUGUGCGGCCGGAAACAACGGGCCGGACCAUUACACACUGUCGAGCGAUGCGCCGUGGUUGCUGACCGUCGGGGCGAGCACGUUGGAUCGAGCCAUUAGGGCCAACCCGAAGCUCGAAAACAGCGAGACCUUCUUGGGAGAAUCCCUCUUCCAACCGAAGGACUUCAAGGAGACUCCUCUCCCUCUGGUAUUUCCAGGCAAAGAUGGCGACUUCAUUAAAGCCCAGUGCGAGGAGCUAACCACAAAGGAGAUUUCAGGCAAGGUGGUUCUCUGUGAGAGAGCUCUUGGAUCCGACAUGGUGAUGGAGGGGGAGGUCGUUUUGAAAAUGGGUGGCGCUGCCAUGAUACUCAUGAACGAUGAGAGAAACGCAUAUGCGCUCAUGGCCAGCCGCCACAUCUUGCCGGCAGCUCAUGUGAGUUUCGCCGAUGGAAACAAGAUAAAAGCCUACAUAAACUCAACCAAGAACCCCACAGCCACAAUCCUCUUCAACGGCACAGUGUUCAGGGACACCGCAGCCCCGGUGGUUGCUGUCUUCUCAUCGCGAGGGCCAAGCUUACAGAGUCCCGGGAUACUGAAGCCAGACAUCAUCGGACCUGGCAUGGAAAUCCUGGCAGGCUGGCCAUUGAACAUGAGCCUCUCAGAACAUGAUACCAAACCAACAGCUUUCAAUAUGAUCUCAGGUACAUCCAUGUCGACCCCACACCUAAGCGGGUUAGCCGCGAUGCUCAAGAGCUCACACCCAGAGUGGUCCCCUGCGGCCAUAAAGUCAGCCAUGAUUACCACGGCAUACAUCCUGAACACUGAAGGGAAGCCCAUCACAGACCAAACCCACAAUCCAGCCGAUAUCUUCGCAGUCGGUGCGGGCCAUGUCAACAUCACACAAGCAGCCGAUCCCGGCCUGGUCUACGAUCUCAAUGCUGAUGACUAUAUACCUUAUCUCUGUGGUUUGGGGUACAACGAAACCCAAGUAGAGGCCAUUACUAAGAGCAAAGUCCAUUGCUCAAAGGAGACCAGCAUCACACAGGGAGAAUUGAACUACCCAUCUUUCUCUGUGGUUUUCUCAUCACAGGGACCUUCUUCUUUCAGCUUUAGCAGGACAGUAACCAAUGUUGGGGAUGCAAAUUCUUCAUAUGAAGUGGAAGCGGUGGAGCCUAAAGGGGUGAGUGUGAAGGUGAAGCCCAAUAAACUUGAAUUCACAGAGGUGAACCAGAAGAAGAGCUAUCAAGUGGUCUUCUCUAAAGAAGGUGUUGGGUCUUUAGAGUUCUCAGAGGGCCAUAUAAAGUGGUAUUCAGGCUCCAAGUAUGAAGUGAGAAGCCCCAUUGCUGUAAUUUUCAGGAGAUGA